AUGCUUUUCAAAUCUGCCACAAUUCUGCGCAGUGUCGCGGCGCUCUUGCUCCUCAUAGCGACAGGGGUCGCGCAGGCUGCUCAAUGCGGCAACGUCACAAUCAGCAGCGCUUCUGACGCCGAUGAGGUGCGGAAGCAAUGUACGGCGCUCGAGUCUCUGCGCUUCUCGAACAAUCUGACCGAAAGUGUGAACUUGGACGGCAUCGAGACGGUUGGCUUCGUCUACCAGCACGAUGACUGCUGGGGUGGAGAUGGAGAGCAGGGAGACUGUCGCACGGUGCCUCCCUUUUCAAUAUCGUCGUCCACCCUCACCAACAUCACUCGCGGCCUGGAAUUCGGCCGCUUCGUCGGCUUGCGGGAGCUGUCGUUGCCCAACCUCGCGUCGGUCGAGGGCGACUUCCGCAUGGGCCGGAUGCACCAGCUUGAGGUGAUUGACAUCACGAAACUCGUGAGGGUGGGAUCGCUCAUGAUCGAGGCUUACAAGCUCAAGACCAUCCGACACGAGAGGUUGGAUGAGUUGACCAGCACUUUCGGGGUAGGCGGUGUGAGCCUCUGGGACGUUGGCUCUGUCGACUCAGUCGACAGCUUCUUCAAGAACCCUAUCCGCUCGAACGAGACAGACCUGCCUCCAACUAUAUCGCUCAGAUCCGCUACGAUGCCUAAAGUCAGAGCCGUCACUAUCGGAUGGUCUAGAUUGGCAUCGCUCAGCAUCAUAGGCGACGAUGUCUCCGUCACAUUGGGCGGUGGCAGCACCGACUCUAUCGAGAUUGACGAGAUCAAGCUAAUGGGCAACUUUUCCGCGUUUCGACGGCAUCCCUCGGUCAAGAAUCUUACUGUUGGCUCGUUCAAGCUCGAAGCAUCGAAGACAAUGCCUACGGAAAUCGACCUGCCCUUCGACCAGGUCUCCAACAUAAGCCUGUACAAUAAUGAGAAACUGCAGACGAUCAACUCCACGCCCAAAGCAGUCGGGUGGAACCUCUCGCAACUCAGCAUCUACUACAACCCCAGCCUUUCUCUCGAUUCCGAGAACCGCCCAGGCUUGCAGUGGUACUGGCCACGAGAUCAUGACCUUUGGUGGCUCGCUAUUUCGGAUACCAAUAUCUCGAAUGCGUUCUUUACUUCCUUUCUCGGCUACCACGCAGCAAGCGAUGGCCGAGGGCCCAAGGUUCUUGGAAGCUUCGACGUAGAACCGCGAUAUAAGCAGCCAUUGCCUUUCAACUGCACGCCGUUUUCGGACUUGAAGGCUCGCGGCGUGUUUCCUGGACAUUUCCGCUGCCUUGAUCAGAAAGCCAACGGCGCUGCUCUGACUACAAUUCACAGUUACCUGGCCAUGGCCACGAUGCUGCUUACUGCGUUGCUUGCUCUCAUUUGA